UCUCAGUGGUGCUGGAUGGGAUGAAAGUACGAAGACUGUCAUCAUGGAGCCUGAAUGUUUGGAUAGGUGGAUUGAGGACAAGAGCUUUAAGAAUGCUAAGCUUAGACAAUAUGUCAAUAAACCCCUGAGGCAUUAUGAUGAUCUCGCCCUUAUCAUCGGUGAUGAUCAAGCUACAGGACAAUUUGCUAGUGAUGCUUGGAAAAAGUUUAGCCGUAGUGAGACAAUAAAUCUUGGAGAUGAGAUGAACUCACCAAUGCAUUCUCCCCAAUCUACUCAAGUACACAUUUUAGAUGACGAGGACACUCCUUCGCCUAAUGAAGCACACAACACAUCAAGUUCUAAAGCUAAGUCAUCCUCCGUCAAGGAUAUUUAUAAGUCACCAUACAAUUUUUUAAGAUGCAAGCAACCUACAAUGUGCACACAUUGUACUGGAUGGCUAUUCCUCUGGGUAUUUUGUGUAGUAAGUUUUCAUGACACGUGUUUACGUUGGUGACUUUUUUACUUUUAGGCUAUGAUUAUUGGCAUAAUAUCUGAGAUUAGCAACCUGCAAUAUCUAUUGAUAUUGUACUGGAUGGCUAACAAUGAUGAUAUUUAUCAUAUAAUGAGCCCUCAGCCCUAUUCAGUUUGGUUUGCAUCAUCAAUUUAGGCUAUGAUGAUUGUCAGAUUUUCUGAGAUUAGCAACCUGCAAUAUCUAUUGAUAUUGUACUGGAUGGCUAACAAUGAUGAUAUUGACUAAAUUCUGAGCCUUCAGCCAUAAUCAGUCAUGCAACUCUUGUUGGCUUUGUGACCAUUACUUGCUGUUGUGGGUUUGCUGGUUUUGUGUUCUGUUUGGGCACUGGUUGGUUUGCUUGUUUUGUGUUCAGUUUGGUGUACUUGCUGUUGUGGGUUUGCUGAUUUUGUGUUCAGUUUGGGCACAUGCUGGUUUGAUGGUUUUGUGUUCCGUUUGGUGGACUUGUUGUUGUGGGUUUGCUGGUUUUGUGUUCAGUUUGGGCACAGGUUUAAAUGCAUCAUCUCAUCCAAUUGCACUGCGCAGAUAUAGGGAAAUGCAUUUAAUAGCAUAAUCAGUUCGGUUUAAAAGUAUUGUCGAGCGAGCGAGCUGUUGUUGGUUUGCUGGUUUUGUGUUUAGUUUGGUUAUUUUGUGUAUGUUGGUUGUGUUCAGGUUGGUUUGCAAUGUUUUGUAGACUGGUUGUAAGCCAUGUUGUGUAAAUGUUGUGCGCCACAUCAGGUUUUGUGUAGCCAUUUUGUGGCUGGGUGUGUAGCCGCAUGUUGUUACUUGAUUGUGUUCAGUUUGGUGUACUUGAUGGUGUUGGUUAUUUAUGUGUGUAGCCUGGUUGUGAGCUAGGUUGGUUUGCUGGUUUAGUAGACUGGUUGUGAGCCAUGUUGUGUAAGUGUUGUGCGCCACAUCAGGUUUGUGUAGCCAUUUUGUGGCUGGUUGUGUAGCCGCAUGUUGUUAAUUGAGUGUGUUCAGUUUGGUGUACUUGAUGGUGUUGGUUAUUUAUGUGUGUAGCCUGGUUGUGAGCCAGGUUGGUUUGCUAGUUUAGUAGACUGGUUGUGAGCCACGUUAUGUAAGUGUUGUGAGCAUGUUCAGGUUUUGGUACGUGUUGGCUUUGUCCUCUACGGCCGUUGUCUUGCAGUUAGCAAUUAGCCCUGAUGGGGUUCACAUUCUUGGUGGCUCUAGUGAUGGAAAUGCUUACAUAUGGCAGGUACGUAGGCCUGAAAGUAAUCCAAUCAUGUUGAAGGGACAUGAAGCAGAAGUUACUGCUGUAGACUGGUGCUCUUCUGACUAUGGGAAAAUAGCAACUUUAUCAGAUGACUUCAUGAUGAGUGAUGUCUCCAAUAGUUUCCUGGAAGUUAACUUCAUUACUUAAAAAAUGCUCUUAAUU